CAUCAUAGCGUCACGGCGUGAACGGUCCGCCGCCGGCGCGCGUGCGGCUAUGGAGUGGAGAGCGAGCAGAGGGAGAGGCAGAGGAGGCGGCUGGGGACGAGGCGGCGGACAGGACGGUGACGGCUCCGCCGCUGCUGCUGCACACCGGGGAAGAGGGAGAGGAGGACACAACCGCGGCAGGGGGAAGAGGGAGCAUCACCGCGGGCGCGGACGCGGGGGAGGCCCGCCUGCGGCUUUUGAGCGACCGGAUCAAGAUGAAGGGAACAACCCACAGCCGGAGGAUGAAGGGGUGGAGACGUUCUCCAGGAGGAAGCUGGAGUCAAACUGGGACCGCUAUAAGGAGUCCGAAAAGGUGGAGCCCGAUGAUGACAUGCCCACCCAGAGAGGAACAGAUUAUCAUGUCCUACUGGAAUCAGCAGGGGAUUCUUUCACGCAAUUUCGUUUUUCUGAGGAAAAAGACUGGGAGAUGGACUCACUGACAACCAGCCAGAUGUCUGCAGUAUUUUUGGAUCUUCCAGCGCUGGCCCAGUCUCUCCAAGAAGUGCCCCUCCACCAGAGACUCAACCUGGAGGCUGAGCUAGUACAGGUCUCAACACCAGUGGAGCUGCCUGCGAUCACUGUAGCACCCAAACAGAAUAUCACAAAGACUGCCUCGGAUUUAAAAGGCCUCAAGACAAGCUUUGGGAUUUCCUUGGUUGCAAGACCAGAGUGCAGUCCUGCUCCUCAGGUUUCUACUGGUGCUACCAAGCCCCUGGUGGAUGAUGUUGAUGAAGAGCUGGACCAGCUGCUCACUUUACAGAAGCCAGUCUCAGAUACUUCAGGAAACCACUCCGUCAGCAUGACAGAUGAAGAGGUCAUCAUUCCAGCAGAACCUGAGAACGUAAAGGAGGCGGUUCCAGAGGUGAUGGAGGAGAAGCUGCAGGAGGCAAAGGACAAGGUGUCCCCACCUCCCAAGGCUGUUCCCGUCAAACAGGAAGUGACAGAGGAGGACUUGGAAGACUGGCUUGACAGCAUGAUCUCAUGAACCCCUUGUGCCCAUAUGCUGACACUGCCCCCAGUGUGCCCAGCAAGCUCAGCUUCUUACUGAUGUUCACAUGAACCGCACUGCUGGCUGUCAAGAGUGCGUUCAGACUGACACCCAAUUAUGCAUUUGACUGACAUGCAAAUGUGUUUUGACUGACAUGCAAAUGUGUUUUGACUGUAAUCUUUUUUUUUUUUCCUGUCUAUGUUGGCCUCUGGUAAUUGAUCAAUAAGGGAAAGUUAUUUUCCUUCUAGGCAGCUGAAUGAGGGACAGAAUCUCUGGGGAGUUGUGCAGACGAAACUGCGGUGACUGCAGCCAUUCCCACGUCCUCUGUGAGUAGUACACGUGGCCAUUGACGCGCUGGUUAAUGGCCUCGCCCAUAUUUGCGUAUGAAACUGAUCGUCGGUUUCGGUCGUUAUGCAGCUGUAUUGUUUAUGAGGGUGGGGACACCUGCAGUCCCUUUAGGGCCCAGCCACACCAAACUGACAGCGGAGAACUAGCGGCGACGAAGGCCGACUGUUGCGCCGCCUCACAUCCCCUGCGUCUGGACCAGAAAGUAGCGUUUGAACACCGCAACCGCUACGGCCAACGUACGUUCUGCGCCUGCGUGAGGACAUGACUCUCCAUACCAGCAGGUGGCGGUGUAGGUAGUUAUUGGUCAUUCAAAAUUUGAAACCGGAAGGCCCAGGACUGCGGCUAUACAAACCGUAAACAAAAGCAGCGUUCGCGUACCGUCUUCGCUCAGCUCUCGCUCACUACAGACGGGGUCGUAAUAAAGCUAAAGGCGGCGGCGGCGGAACAUGAGAAAUCGCACUAAAUGGGUGAAAUCACGCUCGGGGGGGGGGGGGGGGGGGCUUUCCCGAACCUGCCUCGAGAGCUGUGGCGGUGUUGUUUUGUGGCCUCGUGACUUCGUCGUUCGCUUGCUUUCGUAACUUCCGUUUCUCGUCUCGUGCACUGGUUCGCCACGCUGAACAGCCAAUCGGUGAUCUCUCACCGACGGGCUGCGCCGCUGAUUCAACACGUG